AUGCGUGUCCCCCCAGGUCAGGCCUGGCCCCCCAGCCCUGUGAGCACUGGGAGCAUCUGCCAGACCACAGACGUGGGCCUGGAGCUGAGCAGGGUCACCACGGCCCCGGGACCCACUGUCCCGCCUGUCCUGCUCCUGUGUGCCCAAGACCUGGCUGUCCAGGCUACCGACACCUGUCCAGAGGUGAAGGUGGUGGGCAUGGAGGGCAUGGACAAGCUUGCCAUUCUCCGGGGCUGCCUGGGGCUGCCAGGGUCCCCAGGGCCAAGGGGGCAUAUUUCUCAGGGGACCCUGUCUGGAAAAGGCAAGGGAGGUGCCCCUGGACCCCCUGGUAAAGCAGGACCCCCGGGCCCAAAAGGGGGCCAAGGGGACCAAGGGAUCUGUGGAGAGAAAGGUGAGCCAUCCGCCCACAGCCCUGGGGCGCCCAGCGGGCCUCGGACUUGCAAGGGGCUCCUCAGCCUGGGCUACUGCCUGAGUGGUUGCUACUCCGUCCACCUGCCUGACUGCUGGGCCCUGAGUGUGCUGUGGGACAUGGUGGAUGGUGGUGGAAGGACCGUCUUCCAGUGCAAGUUCGAUGGCUCCGUGGACUGCUUUCAGGACUGGGCUGCCUACAAGUGGGGCUUCAGCAGUCACCUUGGGGAUUUCUGGCUGCGGAACGACAACGUUCAUGCGCUGACCGCCCAGGGUGACAGCGAGCUCCACGUAGACUUGGUGGACUUCGAAGGCAACCACAGCUUUGCCAAGUACAGCUCCUUCAGCGUGGCCGGCGAGGCAGAGAAGUACAAGCUGGCGCUGGGCACCUGCGUCCAGAGCAGUGUGGGAGACUCUCUGACGUUCCAUGGUGACAAGUUCUUCUCCACCAAAGACCAGGACAAUGACCAGAAUUCUUCCAACUGUGCAGAGCAGUUCAGCACACACUGGUGGUAUGAGAACUGUCACAUGUCUGACCUGAGUGGCCCUUACCUCAGGGGUCCCCAUGAGAGCUACGCCAACGGCAUCAACUGGUGGUCAGAGAAGGGACACAAAUACAGCUACAAGGUGUCAGAGAUGAAGCCCACCUCGCUCUGA